AUGGGCCAGCGCCAAGGCAUGGAAGGAGCAUGGGAAGCCUUCUGGGCCGAGAAGGAGCAAGCGCAGGAGCUUCCCAGCGGGGACAUGUCCAUGUUUGUCGGCUCGUCGUCGGGCGAGGAAGCGGCGACGGCCGUCGAGCGGGCGGUCAAGAGCGUCGCGCCGGAAGCCGCGCUCCGCGACUUGGAGGCCCUCACGGGCGCACCCGAGACGCUCCAGCGCAUGUUGACCGUGUACGACGACAGCGACAGCUUCAUCCGCAUCCUCUUGCGCCUCGAUGCGAUCCAGACGCCGCUCAUCGACCUCCUCCUCGAGGUGCUCAGCGAGCAUGCGCACCAACUCGAGACGUCGAUCAUGUCGUCGGCGGUCUGUGGCCUCAUCCUGCGCCAUAUCCGCUGGAUCGAGUACAUCUCUGCGCCGUCCGAGCUCGUCCAAAAGUUCGUCGGGACGCUGCCGACUUUUCCCACGUCGCUCCAGAAGGACAUCAUCCACAUCCUUCCCGAGCUCGUGCCCGACACCGACUUCUCGAUGGCGGUGGACGCGCUCCUCGAGAUCAUUAGCAGCGAGUCGACGUUGGUUGUUGCGGCCGUCGAGGCCCUCAGCAACUUUAACAUUCCCGCGUACCAGCUUGAGGACGUGGUCGCGAGCAUCCUCAAUCGGCUCUCGUCGUCGUCGGUCGAGGACCUCCCGCCCUCUCAAAUGCGGGAGAAGCUCAGCCAAUGCAUCACGUCGUCGCUCCAAGAGACGACUGCAAAUGACGAAGCGCUCCUUCUGCAGCAGUUUGUCCAGGGCAUGACGUUCCGAACCGACUUUAUGAACGCGUUUCUCAAGAUGGUGACCAGCAUCAAGACGGCCGAGCACCACUUCCUCCUCGACAUCUGGGGCCUUCUUGGGCUCCAUACGCUCCUGCAUGUCCGCCCCAAGGUUGAGAGCAUUCUCAAAAAGAAGGUCGUCUCGGGGCUGUUCACAAAGGAGCUUCUCCGGGCCGCCAUUGUCGGACGCCUCGGGGCACUCGAACCGUUCUUCAAGAACCUCCUGCAGCUCCUCCACGUCUUCUUCACAUCGCCCGACGCCCAUGCGCGCGACAUGGGCAGCUACGUGCUGCAGCUGCUCUUCCACGAAGCCAGCGGCCGGCCACAGCACGCCUACACGUACCAAUCCGAGAUGGUCACGACCGUGCUCGGGUUCUGCGUGACGGCGUCGCCCAAGACGGUGGAUUCGGGCUUGGAGACGCUCUUGGCGCUGCUCGACCACGCGCCGGGCUGCCUCGCGACAUUCCUUCCGCUCCUCAAGCAGCUCCUCGACUACAUUGAUACGUUCACGGUCGAGCAGUGUCGCUACGUAUACCAGCUGCUCGUGCACGUCGGUGGGACGACCGACGCAGACCUUGCGAUCACAAUCCGCAAGCAGCUCUACCACCAAGACAACCAGUACCGGAAGCUCGGCAUGAUUGGGUACAUUUGUGUCAUUGAAGAAGAGAUCAUCAAAGGCGCCGAAGCGAGCUCGAUCGAGAGCACCGAAGACAAUAGCUACGAGUCGCCGAUGCAGCAGCUGUUUGUGCGCAAACUGCGAGAUGGUAUGGAGGCGCUGCGGGACGCGUGUCGGAAGCAGCCCAAGUGCCUCGCUUUCAUGUACGCGGAGCUCAACCACCUCGUGUGCCGGAUUCCGCAAAACACGACUGCGAUCCAAGUCAUCUCGGACUGCUACUCGGACGUCCUCGCGACUGAAUUUUUGCCCAAUUUCGAAGUCUCGCGCCACCGGAACGGCGACUACAAGCUCGCCGUCAUGGGGGGUGCGUUCCGGACCGAGCUCUGGGCGAUCCUCAACAGCCAGUCACUCGUCUAUCUGGACUUGAUGAAUCUGAUUGCGUCCAGCGAUACGUCCGACAAGGAGCACCUGGUGUACCUCUGCAACCUCCUGCACCUCGUCGUCUCUUGUUCCAAGCGGCUCGAUGGCCUCGAAAGCAUUGGCACGGUGCUGGUGUGCCCCAUCAUGCUCAUGGAGAAGAGCAUCCUGUCAGACGUCAACGAGCUAAAGACCCCCGUGCAAGAAGCGAUCUGCCUCUGCCUCUGGUACGCCGUCAACUGGUGCCGCGAUCUCCUCAACUGCUUUUGCGCCGAUGUGACGCUGCGGCCCAAAGUCAUGGCACGCCUCGAGAACGCAGUGCAGUUCGAGUCGAUGCUGCUUGAGAUCGUGACCAACCUCCCGCCGAACACGUGGGUGCCACCAGGUGUCGAUGUGACGACCAUCGCUGACCGCGCGGGCACGAAGGAGAGCCAAAAGACGCUUGCUGCGACGACCAAGAAGGGCAAAGGAAAACAGUCGGUGAGUGCGACGGCGUCGCAGGCCAAGCUCAAGCUCGUACUGCGCUCGCUGGCGCCAUUGCACCCCAGCGUCAUGAGCAUCCUUCCUGAUACCCAAGAAGACCAAGGCUGCAUUGACCCACCGUCGCUUGUGUUUCUCCUCUCGCACUUCAAAGAGUUUUUGAAGACGUCGGUGGCCAAAGUGCACGCGUCGCCGGGGUUCUGGGCCGGCGCCGUGACGCACCGAUCCCGCCCAAUCCUCGAGCACCGAGUGAUCGAGCACGAGCGCGGAUUGGAGCUCUUCUCGGCGCAUUUGCAGCCCAAGCUCGCCGCUGUCGUCAUCAUGUACCUCCAGUGCAUCGACCUCCUCGGCAGCAGUGACGUGUUUCGCCAGCAAGAGGCACCGCAAGUCCAAAUCGACGUUCUCAUGGACCUCAUCUUGCCCCAGCCAAUGACCGGAAGCAGUGCAUUCCAGGCCAUCAAGGCUAUGAUGGGCGUGCUCUUUGAGCUUCAGCAGUCGAGUGCAAUCGAAGACGACUUGGAGGUCGGGCUGCACUUUGUACGGGCGCUUGCGACGCUCGAGGCGCUCAAGAAGUCGCAAGGCCGUGGUCGACAACCGCAAGGAGUCCUUUUCUCGUCCUCGAAAGGGAACAAAGACGGCGACUACCGUCUUGGGGAACUCGCCCACGAUAUGCUCAAGAAGAAUUGGUGGGCCAGCGCCAAGGCCAACUACAAGCCGAGCGAUGUCUCGAUGGUGCUUCACGCCUUCUUGGACAACUCGGGGCAGCCACUCGAUGCGAUCCAAGAGCUCGCAAUUCACGGUUUCGGCAACCUUCUUGAGCACCCAUCGGCUGCCGCCGAGACGUACCCAACGCUGAACAAGAAGACGGUCGGCGUACACCUCCGUGCGUGCUGUGAGACGCUCGUGCAGGCCACGUCGCGCUUGGACUUUUCACCGGGUGCCAACGACGUGCCCGUGGUAUUGCACUACCUCACGCAAGCUGCGCUCCUCUUCAAAUUUCUCGUCGGCUUGACCAAGAGCUUCCAAUCGGGCCCGAUCAUUGCAACCGUCCUCAAGCAUGCGAGUGGCUUCAUCGAGAACCUUCUCGGAGCGAUGCCGUUCUUUGAGGCGCAUUUCCGUAGCCACAGCCAACGUAUCCUCAAGAUCAUGCUUGAAGUCCAGGGCGGCACGCGCAAACUCCAGAUCCUCUGCGCACACGGCAAGUCGACGCUCGAUGCAUCGGCGGCGGCGCACGUGCCCAAGAUGAAGAAGCUCCUCGAGCGCGUCAUCUACGGUGGCGAAAAGCUCGCGCGCGAAAACAACGUCAUGGACGCGUACACCACCGGCGUCCUCAAGCACCGCAACAUUGAUGGCUCGUCGAUCAAGACGGCGGUCAUCCCGACGACCGAGUCGGAGGACAACGGCGACAGUGAUGCGACGCACGAAGAGAGCGCACAAGAGGAUCCCGCGCCCGACGAGGAAGACGACGAAGACGACGGCGAGUAG